AUGUUGACACAUGAUGACUACACAGUUGGAUGGAUCUCGGCAUUGCCAUUGGAGAUGGCGGCUGCCCAGCUCCUUCUUGACCAAGUACACCCGGAUCUGCCACAGCCAGCUCGAGACUGCAAUACCUAUGUUCUGGGCGAGAUUGCAGGCCACAAUGUUGUCAUAGCAUGUCUCCCAUCCGGAGUCUAUGGAACCACAUCAGCAGGAGCAGUGGCUCAACACAUGCUGUCAACAUUUAGCUGCAUCCGCUUCGGUAUGAUGGUGGGUAUCGGUGGCGGCGUUCCGUCCGAAUCUGCCGAUAUACGGCUCGGGGAUGUCGUUGUGAGCAAGCCAAUAGGCGUCCUGCCAGGAGUCGUGCAGUAUGACUACGGUAAAACCAUUGUCAAUGGGCAGGUCGAACGGACGGGCACCCUAAACAGACCGCCACAAUCGUUGCUGACAGCAUUAUCUAAGGUGGAGUCUCGACGCUUGCUUGGCAGAUCGCGGUUUGAGCGAUACGUAGCGGAGUCGUUAGAAAGAACGGAGUCCUCGACUCCUGCAUUCAAGCAUCCAGGUCGGGACGAAGACAAGCUCUACAACGCUUCCCUUAAUCUUCCACGUAUAGAGUGCUUUGUUGGUAGAGACAAAGAGCUCGCAGAGGUUUAUAAGCAACUUCGCUCUCCUAAUUCUACUGGAAUAGUCACCCUGCAUGGACUUGGAGGAAUCGGAAAGACUCAGCUGGCAGCAGCUUACGCACUCCGCCAUCGACACGAGUACUCCGCCAUUUUCUGGUUUGAUGCCUCAGAUGUGACGAAACUAGUCCAUUCUUUCUUGGCUGCUGCCAGACGCAUUCGUUUAGACCACAACUCUUUUGCUGACUUUAGUAGUUCCAACUAUAAUAAUGAUCCCUUCAAGGGUGUCAAAGCUGUAAAGGACUGGUUGAAUCAAAAGCACAACUUACAUUGGCUUUUGAUAUUCGACGACCAUACUGUCUCUGAAGCUGACAGGCCACGUGAUGAAGGAAAUACUGAUCUCAAAAGUUGUCUACCUGAGGUCCUACAGGGUCAUGUUCUCAUCACAACUAGGCUUUCUGAUGCCUAUCUUGGCCACCGUGUGAAAGUUAGAAAACUUGAAGAUCCUAGGCAGGGACUUGAAGUUUUGUCUGCCUCCUUAAACCGACCAAACAUAGAUGCAGAUCCAUAUGCCCAUGAACUUACCAAGGAACUGGAUGGAGUUCCGUUGGCACUUGCAUCCGCGGCUGCAUACAUGUCCCAAAUCGGAACAAGCCCUCGAGACUACCUUCAGUUAUACAGAGACUCCUGGCACCGCCUUCAAGAAAGCAGCCCACAAUUGCCUGGAUAUGAGAGGUCAAUGCAUUCUACGUGGUCCAUCUCAUAUUCUCAAAUAUCCGCACAGAACAAUCUAUCCUGCUUGCUUCUUGAAUACUGGGUGUUCCUGGAUUGUCAAGACUUGUGGCAUGAGCUUCUCGAUGAUACGAGUGCACCCUGGACAGACAGCACUUUGAAGCUCCUCUCUGAUCAAAUUACAUUUAACCAGGCGAUAAGGGUACUUUGCGCUUAUGGUAUGGCCGAGGUCAAUCCGUAUAUUGCAGACGAUCGCAUUCAAUCACAAAGUUAUAGAUUGAACAAAUGCGUACACUCUUGGGCAUUUGACUACCUUCGAUCAGGGCAACGCUCCGCGUCAGCGUGGAGGGUGCUGUAUUGUGUUGUCAGAUAUACGGAUCCGCGGGAGCCUGUGAACCAGAGGGUUUGCCAGCGCCUUGUGCCUCACGCCAACCGGCUAUUGCAAUUGAUAUCUAACGGAACUCUACUCCCCGACAGAGAGAGUAUUUGGGUAGUUGGCUUACUACCCUUACUCUACAAACUUUAUACCAAAGCCAGCGAACGAAUCUCUUUGGGCUACACGAUUUACCUGACUUCUUCGAACGUCGAUUAUUUUGAGAAGCGGUUUUUCGCGGGUUCCGAACGGCCGCACCGGUUGGCUGUAGAGCUAUCGACAAUGCUUGAACGAGCUUAUGACUUGUGGCCGAUUGAAAAAGAAUGGAUAAAUAAGAUACAAUUUUCGAGCUGUAUCAUACUCGCCCUCCGGUACGAUAUCAGACUAGGAGAGCCUAGCAACGCCAAAAAAUGGUAUAAAAUGGCUUUUCAUUUCCGUUCAAAGCGAGCAAAUCAUGACCCGAAUGACUGGACGGGUCAAUUCAUUCGACUCCGGAUCAAAACGAUCUGGGUUACCAAACACUUGGCUCAUCUGUUCAGAUUCUUACCGAGCCUUCGACCCAUUGCGUACUUUAUAUUCUUUAAGGCUAAUCUUUUGUCUUUUAAUCUUCUCGCAGACGUGGUUGCCUUGGUUGUUUAUGUUAGCUCGUGGAGUGCCCUGGAGUGGGGUUAUAUCACGCCAUGGAAGGCUCUUUGCCUUGUUAUCCUAUCCAAGACAUUGCACGACUUGCUUCUCUGCUUCGCAUGGUCGCCAACCGACUGGAUCUUUUAUGCUUUGUCCAUCCCCCUGUGUGUUCUCACCCUUGUUUCUCUCGUUCCUAUGAUCUCGGAUGAAAUCCUCAGCAAAGGCUCGUCUUCAUUACAAUGA